UCCUCCUCCUCCUCCGCCUCCGCCACCACACACCAUCUGACCGCUCUCACCACUCGACGCCUGCGCGCUCCUCUGCAUAUAGCCUCCCGCUCCCGCACGCACAGCACACGCACACACAGACUAGCCUCCAAGAUGCGUUCCAAGUUCAAGGACGAGCACCCGUUCGAGAAGCGCAAGGCCGAGGCCGAGCGCAUUCGCCAGAAGUACAACGACCGCAUUCCCGUUAUCUGCGAGAAGGUCGAGAAGUCUGACAUCGCCACCAUCGACAAGAAGAAGUACCUGGUGCCCGCUGACCUGACGGUCGGCCAGUUUGUCUAUGUCAUCCGCAAGAGGAUUAAGCUUUCUCCCGAAAAGGCCAUCUUCAUCUUCGUCGAUGAGGUGCUGCCGCCCACGGCCGCUCUCAUGAGCUCGAUAUACGAGGAGCACAAGGACGAGGACGGCUUCCUGUACAUCACCUACUCGGGCGAGAACACGUUUGGCGAGGCCAUGUAGACGGAUUUGCUCCACCCCCGCUUCCCCUUAUCUAUCGGCUCUCAGGGCCGCGGCGAACUCGGGCGUUAUCGGAUUAUGGGUUUCUUUGAUGUUCAUUGCAACAGUAUACCGCGCGAGGAUAAGUGCUUGGUGUUGAAGACAGACGGCUGGUGCAGCGGCAUCCCCCCCCCCCCCAGCGCCCUGGGCCCGGCAACUAUGAUUGGAAUUUGGGGGGGGAUGAAACAAGUCAGACCAGGUGGACAGGCACGAGAAUAGCUUGGGUCUCUACAGGCGGCCUCUCUAUUCUCGAGGGUCGUUGUUGGGCAAGGUUGGCUUCAUUCUUCUUGUCCUGACAUGCCCCUGUAAUUUGCUUUUUCCGCUCUAGUCCGAAUACCAGACCUGAUGUGACCUCACUGUCUGCACUGCUCCGUCAUGAAUGUGAAUGUGCCUACCCGUGACUGUCCGUACCUGACGCAGCCGCGUGACUGCGCCUCACCUCAC